AUGGCUGGAGACUCGGUUCGAACCAAUCGGCCGGAAAAGCUAAGAUCUAGCUGUGAUCGAUGCGGUACGGCCAAAGUGAAAUGCGACAAGGAACAACCAGAAUGUGGGCGGUGCAUCUCACAUGGUGUACCCUGCGUGUAUGGGAUUUCGCGUAAGAUGGGAAAACCCCCACGUCGUCACAGUCUAUCUCAAUCCACAAGAGACACCGUCACACCUGCCCAAAGUAGUAGUGAAACCAGCUGUGGUGGCAUGUCACUGGAUCUGGAGUUCUCCUUCAACAAUGAUAUGAAGUCCUGGGAUCAUAUGGAUGAAGACAACAACAAUCACACAUUCAUCGACGUCCUGGGCGCUGGAGGGAGCUUGAAUCAUGAGAUUCCAAUACCGAUGAUACCAAAUCUGCCCUUUGAUUACAAUGAGUGGGAUAUCUCUGAUCAGACCAAUGUCAAUAUUCUUUUCCCUCUUCGGUCCUCUCAUCAGUCUCCAAUACACGGGGAAGACUUAUCCUCCGGGACUUUCCAGUGGCAAUGGGACCCGAAUACACAUGUUGAACAAGGUUCAAUAUCUCCAGAUAUUGCGAACGGCCACGACUGUCAGCGGAAGUCUCAUGAGAUCCUUGAAAGUAUAUCCGUUCACAACAUCAGCAAACCUGAGGCCGACGAAGGACCCCCACCAUCAACUGGGUUCGCCCUAAAAUCCGAGACCACAGUUAACGGGGUACCACUAGACUUGGUGCUCCAGCUUAACCGCGAAGCGACUGAGCGUCUCUUUCUACUCGUUUCUUGCCCCUGUGCACAAAUUCCGUCUGUUGCAUUACUCUAUGCAUCAAUCAUCUCCCGCAUCCUGGGGUGGUACGAGCAGGCUGCCUGCUGUACGCAACUCUUCUCUCUGUCGAGCUUUCCUAGCGCGGCAGGAAGUACCUUGGCAUCCAGCGACUCUGGUAGAGGUACAUCCUCACCACCGAUGCAGCCUCCAGAGGUAUCAGUCGCGCCGUCACGAAUGAUGAUUGGGAAAUUCAGCGUGGACGACCCUCGCCUCCAAACUAUGAUAAAUAUACACCUACUAUCUGGCGAGAUGAAAAGAGUCAAGGAUGUUAUCGAUCAAAUUGCCUCACAAACUGGGUGUUCAAAUCCGGCGACGGGACAAGUCGGAGGUCUUUAUCUGAGUCUUAACUUAUGGCUUAAACAGGACUAUCUAAGGAUUUUGCAUAUGAUGCAGUCGGAAUUGAACGAAUUAAGCAUUUGA